GGCCUGUCUAACAUUCGUCUGGGCCACGAUGGUAUAAGUACUCUCUUCUGCUCUUUGUUGCUGUCUUCUCUUCUCUAUCUAUUCAGAGACAGAGUCUUUUACCUUCAUUCAUUCUUCCUUUCUAUCUUUCGAGCCUCUUGCUCAAUUUCCAUCUUUUAAGUGCACUUCUUCAUUGACUGAAGCAAUACUACAUACACUCAUUCUACAAAAUAUCACACUCUUUGACAGAGCCUAACUCGUUUAAAAUGACUUUCUCAUCAGUCGCCUUCGCCGCGAGCGCCUUUGCUCUGCUAUCAUCCGUAUCUGCCCAUGGCACGGUCUCAGGGAUUGUUGUCAAUGGCAAACUCAACACUGGCUACAGCCCAUCCUUCCAAUUCUCCAACCCACCUCCUGUUGUUGCCGGCUGGUCGAUUCCCCAAGAUUUAGACAAUGGUUUUGUUGGCCCCGACAAGUUCCAGAACAAUGAUAUCAUUUGCCACGUUGGCGCAACCAAUGCCGGCACUUCCAUCACUGUGGCCGCCGGUAGCACCGUCGAGCUCCAAUGGACACCAUGGCCAGAGUCUCACAAAGGCCCAGUCAUUGACUAUCUCGCCUCCUGCAACGGCGCCUGCGAAACUGUCGACAAGACUGCCCUAAAAUUCUUCAAGAUCGGCGAGGAAGGUCUAAUCGAUGGGUCAAAUGCACCUGGUAACUGGGCCUCUGAUAAGCUCAUUGCGAACUCCAACACCUGGGUUGCCACGAUUCCCGCCGACAUCGCACCAGGCAACUACGUGCUCCGUCACGAGAUCAUUGCACUGCACUCUGCUUAUGAUGCGAAUGGCGCACAGAAUUACCCCCAGUGCAUCAACCUCGUCGUCACCGGUUCCGGAACCGCAAAGCCCGCUGGAGUUGCAGGCACGGAACUCUAUAAGAGCACUGACGCUGGCAUCCUCAUCGACAUCUACAAGACCCUGACUUCGUAUGCCAUCCCUGGCCCAGCACUCUACAACAGCGGCGCUGCCCCAGCUCCAGUGGAGGGCUCUUCAACUGCCGUCGCCGCCCCAACCACCGUUGACACCCCGUCCACCAUCGCUGCCCCAACUACCAUCGCCCCAACUACCACCACCGGCGCACCAUUCCCAUUUUCCAACUCUACUGUACCUGCAGUCCCAACUACGACUACCAUCUCUCCUGUUGUCCCAGACGACUCUGUCGACACACCUGAGCUCCCAACUAUAACUUCCGCGCCUGUCGUUGUCGCCCCCGGCCAAGGUGAUGAAGAGCCCGUCACCCGCAUCGUGACCGUUAUCCCACUCCCCGAGACAACCUCCGCCUGCAGUGCCGCUGCAACUGUCACUGUGACUUCCGCGGGCGCCACCGUCACAGUCGCCGCCCCGGCUACCACCGUCACCGUUACUGUGACCGCAUCUGCAAAGCCGCUACCAAGCGGAGCCACCUUCGAUGAUGUGGUUAGCUGGUUCACAAACGGUGUCAAGAAUGCUGCUGGAGGCCGCAGACGCCAUGCUAGAGCUGUUAAGCUAUAAGCGCUAGAUAGUCGCUGAUCCAUCCCACAUUUGCUGGGGUUUGGAAAGGGAGGAAAUGGAUAUCCGGCCUAGGGUCGAGUAGUCUCAUUCAUGUAUAUAGAUUCGGUGAUAGAUUUUUAGCGAUAGCGGC